AUGGAACAACAGAAGAAGCUAGCUGAGCUGGAAGAAAGGCGCAGAUUGCAUGAAUUAGGGGUAAGAUUGGCAGAAGCACAAAUGCAAGAACAGCUAGAACAUGAUGAGGAUGAUCCAGAUUCAAGGUCAAAUAGAGGUGAUGAUUAUCCAGAAAGAUUGGAUCACUUGGAGGAACAGGUUGAUCAUCCUAUAGCUGCUAGUGGUGUGAACAACAACAUUGAAACCUCUACGAGAGACACCACAGAUAUCCCAAGAGUCACAUUAGCUAAUCAAACAAGUUUGGAGACCCACAAUUCACCAUCAGCACAGUUACCAGAGACUACCCGAAAUGGCGAGAUUCCACCACAGCCGAGUCGAAUGCAACCAUUUCCAAACCACCCCCAGUGUAGUCCACCAUAUGCAAGAAGACCGCCACGGGACGGUGACCAGCAACCGUCAUCCCAUGAUCGCCUACCAUUGGAACCAAACCCACAAUCAGGGCAAUCACUUGGUUGUUAUCGUGAACAAUCACUCAAUAUACAAGGGCGGCAACCCCCCGUGCUUGUUCCCCG